AUUCUUUAAAAUGGAAACUCUCCGAGGUCUGGUUCAAGAUACCUAUGUUCGGGUAGGGGUGCUAGGAGCUGCAGGGUUAGGACUAGCAUACCUUGGAACUAAUUAUUACAAGAAAAAAUUUGAAUGGACUGAGGUUGGUUACCUCAAAACUAUUUACAUCUAUCCUUUAAAAUGUGGAAAGGGAAUAGAGCUUAAACAAGUGAAAUGCGGACCACGAGGACCUGAAAGUUUCCUUUAUCUGGACAGACAGUUUGCAGUGUAUAGGAUUGGAAAGGAAGAAGUGGAAGUAAUGGAUGUAAGGGGCCGAUAUUCUAAACUGGUUCUGCUAUCUAUGGUUAACAACAACGGCACCUGGACGAUAAAAGGGGAAGCCGGGAAUGAGCACACAUUCGAUGAGCCGACAGACUCAAGCAAAAGUGUUGUUGGACGGUUGCUAGAUAUUCAGCUGGAAGGAUUAGAUUGUGGAGACGACGUGGCAAACUGGAUUUCUCAAUUCAUAGGAGAGCCGUUACGUCUUCUGAAGCACAAAGCUGGGUCCACAAAUCGGAUAGUGAGGCCUAAAUGGAGAAAAGCAUUUCCGGAAACAUUUCCAGGUUCUUCUAAGUUCACAGUGCCUACCUAUGCUGAUGUUACACCAUACAUGAUUACUUCAGAAACUUCUCUUGAGGACUUAAACUCUAAACUUCCUUUCCCAAUGGGUCAUGAUACUUUCAGGCCUAAUUUUGUUGUGGAUGGUGCUGAACUGAAACCCUGGACAGAAGACGGCUGGACUGGACAAAUAAGGAUCGGUGAGGUAGUUCUGGAUUUUAAUCUACCUUGCACCCGAUGUUUAUCAACCAAGAAUAACCCUGCAACUGGAGAAAUCUACCCAAAUAAUGAACCACUGACAACUCUGAAGACCUUUAGACAGCAUAGCAAGGAGUUGACCCAUAUAAGAAGAAUAGUCGGUGAUUCUCCUACUUUUGGAGUUCACUUUAGUCCAGUUCAACUUGGUACUGUCAGGUUGGGCGACAAAGUUAUGGUCAGAAGAAGAUAAAUUAGAACAAUCAAUCUAUUGACAAUAUUUUAAAUAUAUUUUAGAUUUCGAU